AUGAACCGCCACCUUGGGCGGAAGAAAACAAGGCGGGCAUGGAACGUAAUGAAGGCGAUUGUGAUCCUGGGAUGUACAGUGCUGGCUCUCGAGCAGGUGGUGCUCCUGGUAGAAGAAUACCUGUCCUUCCCUACCAACACGUUGUACGUGAUCGAAGAUGUGGAAGAGAUCCCUGCUCCGGCAUUUACCUUUUGCCCGAAACCGUCUGUGACGAGCCGAUUCCCACCGAGCCUGAACUCAUCCUAUGAAGUAGAGGCUUUCCUCGGAGGAGCGACCUUCGUAGAGAAAUUCAAGAAACACGCCAUCAGCUUGGAGUUUAUGAUCCAUACAUUCACAAAUGACUGGAUGCUUUAUUUAGUGCAGUCAACCGUGAAUGGGGAGACGAUAAAACCUCUCUACUUAGGUAAUGAUCAAGAGGGAAUUCCGUUUGCUAUUAAAAUUGAGGUUUACGUCCAUGACGAGAGGGAAGCAUUCACAUAUUUCCACUUCUUCGAGCCCGAGCAAGUGAUCCUCUUCGACAAUUCUCUCACCCGUCUCUUCAUCCGACCUGAAGUCAUUCAGAAACGCAACAAAAGGACGGAUCCCUGUAUAGAUGAUGAUGACUACAGUUACACAAGGGCUUGUGUAUUUGCGUCAGGGAGUCAAUUUAUGUUCCAGUGCAAGGAGAACUGCAUCUGGGAGAAGAUGCAGGCGAGAGACAACAACUUGGCGAGACCGUCGUGUUUGAUGCCAUCCCUUCUGACCAAGGAAGCCAAUUUGACGAUUCCGGAAUGCAAAAAUUGGAAAGAUGAAACCCACAGUUUUUCCCUGAUUCCUCACUUCUUGGAGAAGGAGAAGGUGACUCUUCUGGAUCUUCUGUCAAACAUUGGAGGAAUCGUCGGGAUCUGCCUCGGAGCUUCCCUCAUUACCCUCUUUGACAUCGCCGAGAUGAAUAUUGUGACGGUCCGUGAACCUUUGCUACUGCUGCUGGACUCUUGUGAGAUCGUCACGGGAAUCACCAGAUUCCGAGAUCAGUGGCACACUAUUCCGAACUUGGAGGUGGGAGAAAAUGACCAAAGGCCUUCCUUCUCAGAAGCCGAAAGACAACUUUUUCAUGAAGGAUUCAUACGAUGGAGGAAAACGAGAUCAACCCACAACAUUCGAAAGUCCAUUUUCAUCCUGGGAUGCUCAGUUCUGGCUCUAAAGCAGGUGAUGCUCCUGAUCGAAGAAUACCUAUUGGUCCCAACCAAUACGUUAUACGUGAUAGAGGAUGCCGACAAGAUUCCUGCUCCUGCAUUUACCUUUUGCCCAAGGCCGUCAGUGACAAAGCAAUUCCCUCCAAGGAUGUUUAAAUGGGAGGAAAUAAGAGAGUUCUUGAACGGAUCUACUUACGCAGAAGCAUUCAACAAGAUCUCCGUUUCCUUGCACCAGCUGAUCGUUGAAGCACCCAAUAACGACUGGUUAGAUCUCGAGGACAAGGUAACCGUAAACGGGGAAACCAUCAUGAGUCUUCGAUCAGGUAUGGGGCAUUGGAGCGAGAGAAUCUACCCUGAGAAAUACAUUGGAAAUGAAGAAUUGGGUGGAUACCUUUACUUCAAGUGCUUUACUCUGCAUUUGAAGCGAGAAAUUCCUACCGGAACAAAAACUUGCAGGGAAACUCUUUUCCAGCUAAACCUCACAGCGAUCACAAACCAUACGGAAGCGAGGGUGGAAGUUUACGUCCAUGAUGUAAGGGAGGCAUUCACGAAUUCCCGCUUUUUUGAGCCUGAGCAAGUCCUCCUCCCCAAAGGCACCAUUAACCGUAUAUUCAUUCGUCCUGUGGUCAUUCAGAGGCAGAGCAGGAGGACGGAUCCCUGCGUCAUGGAUGAGGACUACAGUUCCACAAGGAUUCCUCAUUUCUUGGAGAAAGAGAAGGUGACUCUACUAGAUCUUCUGUCAAACAUUGGGGGAAUCGUCGGCGUCUGCCUUGGUGCUUCCCUCAUCACCCUCAUCGAUUUUAUAGAGAAAUGCUUCCUCAGCCACCGCAAGCAUCGCCUAACGAAGUUCGGCGAGUGGACGAUAAAGCCCGAAGUUGUUGAAAAGCGUAAAGCACAUCAAGGCAAUCAACUUAAGUACUAA